AUGUCGCCUAGGCUUAAGCCGUUAUUGCUACCCCAGCUGGUGGAGGAGCGCCGUAGAUAUGAGGAACAGCAACCCGAUUUUGUAGACGGCGAUCUCGACCGUCAAUAUGUCUACUACACGACAAACUCAUCUUCUUCCGACGUCGCUUCACCAGUCACGCCAACUUUCUCAACCCGUGGACACGUGCGCUAUUCUAGCUCUUCGUCAUCACUCGAUCUCCCCCCCGCUUGCCUCAAUGACAGCCCUUCGUCACCGACUUCAACCUCUCAAUCCAAGUCAUCCAAGCGGCCUCUUCCUGACGUGCAGGAAGAACCUCUGGAACGCGAAGAGUUUGACGAGAGCACCAUCCUAGCGGAGCCCUUUGAUCUCUACAAUUGCUUGUGUGAUGAGCCAUGCAUUCACCACGAAAGUUCCGAAACGCUUCACAGCGUGUACCCCGCCGAUUUCGAUAUUGACUACGACCUGGGAUUCGCGAGCGACACUGACUACUCGGCGACUUUGGAGAGCAAACGAAGCGGCACUGAGUCACCCUUCUCUGGCCUCGCUACCCGCAUCGGAACACGCUUCCCUCAAUUGUCGCGUUGGAAGUCUACAAAGCGGGCUCAACUGACCGCUUCGCCAACGACCGAGCUUACCUUUGAGAAUGCUCACUCGGUAUCCCGAGCUGCUUCAAGCCGAUCAUCAUCACUGUCCGGUCCCACUAGACAAAUCGCCGAACUGUCAAUCCCCACGCCUGCAACAUCGUUCUGGGAAAGUAACGAGAGUGUGGAUGUUCCGGCUCCAAUUGAUAUUGAAAAGGCCAACAACGAGAGGGACAGCAUUGAGCGUGACCGUGCUAUGGCUGCGACGCCACUGCUUCCUCCGCUUUUGAAUACGCCUCCAACCGAAGCACCUCAACCCAGUCCGCUCCAGUCUCCAACCGUGGCACCAACCGUACUCUCGAUGGAGUUCCCUUCCACCCAAUCGCUAGCUCAUGUUCCAACACCUUCCCUCAGCGCGAAGCCCUCCAUCUCAUCCUUCCGACACGCCCAGUCAAGCCAAGAGCUACCCAUUGGUUACCCAUCUAUUUUACAAGACUAUGACGAAUGGUCAGACCGUCUGGGUCACGCAAACUUUAGCAUCACUCCGCAGCCAUAUGAGCCGAACGAGGCCAAUAUGGAGACCCUUCGUCUUCUUCGUGCUGACUGGGAAGCCGCCCGCGUCAACUAUACCAAGCACCUUGUCCGCACCGGCGAGAACUACGGCGAGACGUCAAAGAUCUACGCACUGACCGAAGCGAAGUGGGCCGAGAUUGAAAAGAGCUGGCGUAACUUUCAUGAACAGACGAUGGAACGUAUCCUUGCCGCCAGCAAGACAAGCUCUCAACGCCCCGAAGUCUCCCGUAGCCGUAGCCGUGGACGCGUUCGUGCCGGCAGCGGGGGGUCUGCCAUCUUGCGCCGUCCUGCCAAUGACAACGUUUUCGCUAACGAGCAAUGGCGACGCUUGGAAGACGGCUUGCCCACUGCUAUCCCUCGGCUUCUCGAUGCCGAGGGCAAGUUUCCGGAGCGUGGAGACGAGGACAUUGUUGGACCAAUGGAGCGCGACACCAAGAUGAUACGGUCCAGAAGUGAGGAGCGCAAGAGCACUCGCUUCUGGCGCAACCUGGCCGAAAAGGUUGGCCUUCGAAAGUGA